UAUGGGUUAUGUUAUCAUCAGUAUGAGGAAUUCAGAAUCAGUGUCUUCUUCUUCUUCUUCUUCUGCUGCCUGAUGAAGAAGAAGACGAUCAAGCAAGCCAAGCUUAUUAACAACAAAAAUUAGAUUAAUAAUAGCAAUAAGCAUAGACCUCUACAACUUUGGUAGUUGGAAAUCUAAAUCCAAAUCCGAAAUCCCCAAGAAUGCUUUCACUGAAACAUGUAGCAAAAUCUAGGGCCUUGCUCUCCCCAAUUGUUAUCCUAAUCUCCACCUCUCCGACAACCUCUUCCUUGUCCCUACAUCCCCAUUUGUAUUAUUACUACGCAGCAUCGUUUUCCUCGGCCUCAACCAACAGCAAUCCAUUCCUACAUGCUUCCCCCGAUCUUUUGGUCUCCUCCUUCAAGGACUGGUUCAAGCGCCGCGACAACGUCCUUUUGGAUCAAAUCUUCGCCAUCUUAGGCACCCAGGUCGACGACGACUUGGCCUCGAGCCGCGCCGCCGACCUCACGCUCUCUCAGCUCGGCCUGCGCCUCUCCGAGGCCUUCGUGUUGGAGGUUCUGAGCUACGGCAAAGACGUGCUCGCCUGCAUCAAGUUCUUCGACUGGGCUGGCCGCCAGCCGGGCUUCUACCACACCCGCGCCACCUUCAACGCCAUAUUGAAGAUCCUCUCCAAGGCCGAGCUCAUGUCCCUCAUGCUGGACUUCCUCGAUAACUACAGGAGGCAACGCUACCUUCACAGGGUUCGCUUCCACGACACUUUAGUGAUGGGUUAUGCUGUUGCGGGUAAGCCCGAAGUUGCGCUCCAACUGUUUGCUAAAAUGCGGUUUCAAGGUCUUGACUUGGAUUCUUUUGCUUAUCACGUGCUUUUGAAUGCUUUGGUGGAGGAGAGUUGUUUCGACGCGGUUGAGGUCAUUCUCAAGCAGAUUCAGAUGAGGGGUUUGGAGAGUGAGAUCACGCAUUCGAUUAAGGUGAAGUGUUACUGGAAGCAGAAUCGGUUGGACGAGGCUGAAGCUUUCUUGCGCGGGUUGGUGAGUCAAGGACGGGAUACGAAUGGCCAUGUAGUGAGCGUGCUCUUGGAUGCAUUUUGUAAGAAUAAUAUGUUCGAGAAAGCAGGGAAGUUGGUGGAGGAGUUUCAGGAGUCGGGGAUGGUGCCAAUGGAGCAAGCGUAUGGAGUGUGGAUAAGGGAUCUUGCUCAGGCUGGGAGGUUGAGCGAAGCUUUGGAGUUCCUGCGGAGCAAGAAGUCAUUGGAAGGGUAUGUUCCUGAAGUGUUCCGGUACAAUGUUUUGAUAUGUCGGCUUUUGAGGGAGAACCGGCUCGAGGAGUUGUGCGAUUUGCUGAUGGAAAUGAAGGAGGGUCAGAUAUGCCCUGACAAGGUCACCAUGAAUGCUGCAUUGUGUUUUUUUUGUAAAGCUGGGAUGGUGGAUGUUGCGCUUGAGUUGUACAAAUUGAGGUCUGAAUUUUCGCUCUCUCCUAAUUGCAUGGCUUAUAACUAUUUGAUCAAUACUCUGUGUGGUGAUGGAAGCAUUGAUGAAGCGUAUUCCGUGUUGAAGAAUUCUAUUGACCAAGGUUAUUUCCCUGGUAGAAAAACGUUUUCUAUACUUGCAGAUGCUUUGUGCAGAGAAGGAAAGCUUGAUAAGAUGAAGGACUUGGUCCUUGUUGCCUUGGAGAGGAAUGUUAUGCCAAGCACUUCCACAUACGACAAGUUUAUAUCUGCUUUGUGUAGGGGUAGGAGGGUAGAAGAUGGGUAUUUGAUACACGGGGAACUCAACAGAAUAAAUAAAGUUAGUAAAAAGAAUACUUACUUUAACUUGAUACACGGUUUUAACAAGUCGAACAGGGGAGAUAUUGCAGCUAGGCUUCUUAUUGAGAUGCAAGAAAAGGGUUACAUCCCGACUCGAGCCUUGUUCAGAGCUGUUAUUCAUUGUCUGUGUGAUAUGGAAAAUCCGGAAAAGCAGUUUCUUAAUUUGUUGGAGAUGCAGUUGUCUCAUCACGAACCCAAUUGUCAGAUUUACAACUUCUUUAUUGAUGGAGCUGGGCAUGCCAAAAAGCCUGAGCUGGCUAGAGAAGUAUUUGAGAUGAUGAGGAGAAGUGGGAUUGAGCCCAAUGUGAGUUCUGACAUUCUUAUGUUGCAGAGUUAUAUAAGGAGUGAAAGAAUUGCAGAUGCUUUGAAUUUCUUCACUGAUUUGCGCCAGAGAAGAAGGAUUGGGAGAAAAAUAACCAAUUCCAUGAUUGUUGGUCUCUGCAAAGUGAACAAGGUGAAUAUUGCAUUGGAUUUCAUGAGGGAAAUGAGGAAUAAUGGAGUGGUUCCAAGCGCUGAAUCUUACGAGUAUCUCAUAAAGCUGUUGUGCUCUAGUGGAGAGUAUGAUACGGUGAUAAAUCUUAUUGAUGAAUUGGAGAAAGUUGGGCGCCAGAUAACUUCUUUUAUGGGCAAUGUACUUUUGCUGCACUCUUUGAAGAGCCGAGAGCUUUAUGACACUUGGGUUCGUUGGAGGGAGGUGCAGGAUAAUAAAUCUUCUCGUACUUCAAUUCUUGGGCUGCUGGUUGGUGCAUUUUCUGGCCGAGUUAGAGUUAGCCAAGACAUUGAGAACUUGGAAGAAGUGGUUGAAAAGUGCUUCCCGCUUGACACAUACACAUACAAUAUGUUGUUGAGAAGGCUAUGCAUGAGGGAGAUGGACCUUGCUUGUGAGUUGUUCAAUCGAAUGUGUCAGAAAGGGUAUGAACCUAAUCGAUGGACUUAUGACACCUUAGUGCAUGGCUUUUUCAAACAUGGGAGGAAAGCUGAGGCUAAGAGGUGGGUAGAAGAGAUGUUCCGAAGAGGGUUUGAUCCAUCCGAGCGUACCCUGCAAUUCAUUUAGUGAGUAUUUUCGUCUACCAGUUUUGCCAUAUUUGUUUUGUUGCUUUAAAACUAAAAUCUCAUUAUGAUUGAAGCGGUGAUUAGAAAGAAUAAGGUCACUAAAACUAAGAAGAUACCUCUUCAUGUUCUAUUGAUCAGAAGCUGGCUUAGAAUUCUAUUUAUAAGGGCCUAAGGCUCUAUUUGAUAUC